AUGGGUAAAUUUUUAAAUUUUUUGUUAUUUUUCAAAUUCUUAGAGAUUUUUUUAGUCAAAUUAUGUUUGAUUAUAAUGUAAACGAUGUAAUAAGCAAUGUUCAGGUAAUCAGGUCUCCCAAGAAGAGCUCCCAUCCCCAAUGGAAAAGCCGGAAGUCCCGCCAGUCACGGUGUUGGUCACCGGAGGCUCGGGAUUGGUCGGGAAAGCCAUCGAAAAGGUAAAAUACGUGCUGCAAAGCGUGUGGCGAAUGCAAAAAUCAAUUUUUUGUACAGGAGAAAGAGUUUUUGAUUCGUUUUUUUUUUUGAAAUUUUUCGGUUUUUUUCAUAAAAUUUUUUUUUUUCAUAAAAAUUUUUUUUUCAAAAAUCAUGAAAUUUCGCCCAGACAAUCAUAAAAUAUUUUUCAAAAAAGUUCAUUUUUCCCCAAAAAAUCCCAAUUUUUUCUAAUUACCGGCGGCUCGGGAUUGGUCGGAAAAAGCGAUCGAAAAGGUAAAAUACGCUCGUCCUUGGUUGUAGAUGUGAAAAUCGAUUUAUUAUGAAGGAUGACGAAUUUUUUAUCCUAUUUUUUUUUUUGAAAAAAAAUCGAAUUUUUCCAAGAAAAAAUCAAGAUUUUUACAAAAAUCAUGAAAUUUCGCUCGAAUUUUCAUAAAAAAUUUACUAGAAGUUCUUUUUUCCCCAAAAAAAUCUCAUUUUUUACCCAAAAAAAAUUAUUUUCCCCCAAAAAAAUCUUAUUUUUCCCCCAAAAAAAAUUUAAUUUUCCCACCAAACAAUCCCAAAAAAUACUAUUUUUUUCAAUUUCAGGUAGUAACAGACCCCGCGAAUCGCCGUCGAAAUGAGAAAUUUGUCUUUAUCAACUCGAAGGAAUGCGAUUUGACCAAUUUGGAGGCCACGAAAGCACUCUUCGAACGAGUCAAACCCACCCAUGUGAUCCAUUUGGCUGCCCGAGUCGGCGGAUUGUUCGAUAAUAUGAACCAUAAUCUCGAAUUCUUCCAGUUGAAUAUGGUAAGAUCGAUUUUUGAGGCUGAAAUAUUGUGAGCAAAAAAAAUUUUUUUUGAUGCAAUUUUUUUGUCAAAAAGUGAUUUGCACUGUGCGAAAAAAGCCAGGGUGCGAGCGACAGCCCAGAAAAGCCUAUUGCACCGUGCAAAAUGCGAGAAAUUGCACAGUGCAAAGUGCCCUUUUGUUUUCGCACAGUGCAUGUCGCUGAAUUAACAUUUGGCGUUUGCACUGUGCGAAAAAAGCCAGGGUGCGAGCGACAGCCCAAAAAAGGCCAAUUGCACCGUGCAAAAUGCGAGAAAUUGCACAGUGCAAAGUGGAAUUCCAUCGAUUGCGACCCCGCAUCGAUUGCGACCCAGCAUCGAUUGCGACCCAAAAUGGGGUAAAGCGACCCCGGGAUGAAAAUUCUUUGAUUCUCUUCGGGAAAAACUUGCUUUAGGGGUUUUCGAGGGUGCUGAUUUCGAAAAUGAUGUUCAUUUUUCCUCUAGUACUACAUAGUGCUGUCUGAUACUAUAUAGUACGAAGUGAAAAUAUCGCUUUUGACGUUAAAUGCUCGAUUUAGGGGUUUUCGAGGGUGCUGAUUUCGAAAAUGAUGUUCAUUUUUCAACUAGUACUACAUAGUACGGUCUGAUACUAUAUAGUACGGAGUGAAAAUAUCGCUUUUGACGUUAAUGGUGUUGUUUUGAUGCUUAGUACUCUUCAAAAACACGUUUUAAAGACUUGGUGCUAUAUAGUACUAUCUGAUACUAUGUAGUACGAGGUGUAAAGUUGGCCUCUAGGCGUUUGUGGUGUUGUUCUGGUGUUUAGUACGCCUAUUUUUACUUCGUACUAUAUAGUAUCAGACAGUACUAUAUAGCACCAAGUCUUUAAAACGUGUUUUUGAAGAGUACUAAGCAUCAAACCAACACCAUUAACGUCAAAAGCCAUAUUUUCACUUCGUACUAUAUAGUAUCAGAGAGUACUAGAUAGCACCAAGUCUUUAAAACGUGUUUUUGAAGAGUACUAAGCAUCAAACCAACACCAUUAACGUCAAAAGCCAUAUUUUCACUUCGUACUAUAUAGUAUCAGACAGUACUAUGUAGUACUAGAGGAAAAAUGAACAUCAUUUUCGAAAUCAGCACCCUCGAAAACCCCUAAAGCAAGUUUUUCCCGAAGAGAAUCAAAGAAUUUUCAUCCCGGGGUCGCUUUACCCCAUUUUGGGUCGCAAUCGAUGCGGGGUCGCAAUCGAUGCGAGGUCGCAAUCGAGCGGGGUCGCAAUCGAAGGAUUCCUGCAAAGUGCCCUUUUGUUUUCGCACAGUGCGUGUCGCUGAAGUGCUUUUUGGUUUUUGCACUGUGCGAAAAAAGCCAGGGUGCGAGCGACAGCCCAAUAAAAAAAGCCUAUUGCACCGUGCAAAAUGCGAGAAAUUGCACAGUGCAAAGUGCCCUUUUGUUUUCGCACAGUGCGUGUCGCUGAAGUGCUUUUUGGUUUUUGCACGGUGCGAAAAAAAGCCAGGGUGCGAGCGACAGCCCGAAAAAGCCUAUUGCACCGUGCAAAAUGCGGGAAAUUGCACAGUGCAAAGUGCCCUUUUUGUUUUCGCACGGUGCAUGUCGCUGAAUUAACCUUUGGCGUUUGCACUGUGCGAAAAAAGCCAGGGUGUGAGCGACAACCCAAAAAAAGCCUAUUGCACCGUGCGAAAUGCGAGAAAUUGCACAGUGCAAAGUGCCCUUUUGUUUUCGCACAGUGCGUGUCGCAAAAUCAUCCGUUCCCAAAGUCGCUGCUGUGAUUUCGGCGACUGUGAGAAAACAAAAGUUCGGCUUGCACUGUGCACCAUGCAAUUGGCUUUUGUGGUGUCGCUCGCACCCUGACUUUUUCUGCACGGUGCAAACACCUUAAUUCAGCGACAUGCACUGUGCGAAAACAAAAAGGCACUUUGCACUGUGCGAUUUUUUGCGUUUUGCACCGUGCAAUGGGCUUGUUUGGGCUGUCGCUCGCACCCUGGCUUUUUUUCGCACCGUGCAAAAACCAAAAAGCACUUCAGCGACAUGCACUGUGCGAAAACAAAAAGGCACUUUGCACUGUGCGAUUUUUUGCGUUUUGCACCGUGCAAUGGGCUUGUUUGGGCUGUCGCUCGCACCCUGGCUUUUUUCGCACCGUGCAAAAACCAAAAAGCACUUCAGCGACAUGCACUGUGCGAAAACAAAAAGGCACUUUGCACUGUGCGAUUUUUUGCGUUUUGCACCGUGCAAUGGGCUUGUUUGGGCUGUCGCUCGCACCCUGGCUUUUUUUCGCACCGUGCAAAAACCAAAAAGCACUUCAGCGACAUGCACUGUGCGAAAACAAAAAGGCACUUUGCACUGUGCGAUUUUUUGCGUUUUGCACCGUGCAAUGGGCUUGUUUGGGCUGUCGCUCGCACCCUGGCUUUUUUUCGCACCGUGCAAAAACCAAAAAGCACUUCAGCGACAUGCACUGUGCGAAAACAAAAAGGCACUUUGCACUGUGCGAUUUUUUGCGUUUUGCACCGUGCAAUGGGCUUGUUUGGGCUGUCGCUCGCACCCUGGCUUUUUUUCGCACCGUGCAAAAACCAAAAAGCACUUCAGCGACAUGCACUGUGCGAAAACAAAAAGGCACUUUGCACUGUGCGAUUUUUUGCGUUUUGCACCGUGCAAUGGGCUUGUUUGGGCUGUCGCUCGCACCCAGACUUUUUUUGCACGGUGCAAACGCGAAAAAUCACUUUGAAAUUUCUGCCGUUUUUUUUCAAAAACAUAAAAUUUUGAUGAUUUAUGAAAAUUUCAGUUGUCAAAAACGACUUUUAAAGGCCGUUUUGAGUAUCUUAACUAAACUUUAAGCUGUGUAAAACAUAAUUUGAAUACGGAUUUUGCAGAUUUUCAUCUUUUUCAGGCGAUCAAUCAGAAUGUCCUCCAGUGUGCCCACGAAUCCGAUGUUCAGAAGGUCGUCUCUUGUCUGAGCACAUGUAUAUUCCCGGACAAGACCGAAUACCCUAUUGAUGAGACCAUGGUGGGUUGUUUUACUUGAUUUCUUGGAGAAAUUUUUGGAUUUUUUGGAUUAUAUUAUCCAUCAGACAUCUGAUGAAAAAACUUGAAAAUUGAAGAAAUUGUUGGUAAAAUGAUAUCGUUAUGAGUCAACAUGCUGUAUAUAGUAGAAUGAAGGCAUGAUGAGAAUUUUUUGCGUUGUUUUUGAUAUAAUUCUCACCUUAUUUUACCUAAAUUUAGGUCCAUAAUGGCCCCCCGCAUGACAGCAAUUUCGGAUAUUCGUAUGCGAAGAGAAUGAUCGACGUCCUCAACAAAGGCUAUGCGCAAGAUCACGGCCGAAAGUAAGUGGUAUUUUACAAAAAAAAAAAAAAAAAAAAAAAAAAAAUUUUUUUGAAAUUUUGAAAAUCGUAUUUCAGAUACACCUCGAUCAUCCCGUGCAAUGUUUUCGGUCCCAACGACAAUUAUAACCUCGAAUCUGGCCAUGUUAUCCCCGCCCUAAUCCACAAAGCCUAUUUGGCCAAGAAAAAUGCGACUCCAUUGACGCUAUUCGGCUCCGGAAAGCCCCUCAGGCAAUUCAUUUACUCCAUCGAUUUGGCUCAUCUGAUCUUAUGGGUCAUGAGAGAGUAUAUUGUAAGUUCAUUUUUGGUUUCGCACGGUCAGUUUGACCAUUUUGAACAUGUACAUGUUUCAUCGUAUAAAAUGUCACUGAUGAUUUUGGCGGGAAAAGGUUUAGAGAAUGUUGGAAUGCAAUUUUGAGGAAAAAUGAGUGAUAUUUAAGAUUUUUGUGGUCUGAUAUGCUCUAAAAUACGAUAUUGUUUUAGGAGGUUGAACCAAUCAUCUUGUCCGUCGACGAAAAGGAUGAAAUCUCGAUCGCUGAUGCUUUCAAUCAUGUUGUGAAAGCGUCCGGGUUUGAGGUGAGUAAUGCAAAAGAUUUUGUAAAAUACGACAGCGUUUUUAUCGGGUAUUGUUUGGCAGGCUGCGCCCUACAUAACGAAAAAAAUAUAUUGAAAAUUUUUGAAAAUAGGUAUUAUUGAGUCUCAGUGACUUGUAAAACGAGAAGAAAUCCAAAUUUUAAAAAAUUUCCCGGAAUUUGAGAACCGCAGUCUGCGCCCUGGCUUGAUUUCAAAAUCAAGAUUUUUUGGUGGUGCUGCCAAAUUUUGAGUCUCUUAACACAAUUUUGACAAAAAUUUUGAAAAAAUUUUAGGGUGAGAUCGUGCAAGAUACGAGCAAAGCCGAUGGCCAGUACAAGAAGACCGCCUCGAACGCCAAACUCCGCAAAUAUUUGCCGGAAUUUGAGUUCACCCCAUUCGAAGAGGCCAUCAAAACUUCGGUUCAGUGGUUCGAAGAGAACUACGAAACCGCCCGAAAGUAA